UCAACAUGGCACAUUGAGCAAUAGUGCACAUACAGAACAAGUGCAGCAUUAUACAGAAAAUCUGCUUUUAGGCUGGCCCAAGAUGGAACACUGGACAAUAGUUCACAUUGAAUAAAUGAAUACAAAAUGUAAGUUUUGGAAACAUACUGACAGCCUUAUUCAUGCCGGGCCAGACAAAUACGUUCUUCAGAACAGGUCCCUUGUAUGGAAAGCCUGGUUUUAGACUGGCCCAAGACCAUUUCAUAGCUCAAAACUAACUGGCAACAUGGCACACCGAGCAAUAGAAUCAGAAUCAGAACCAGAAUUUACUGGCCAAGUAUGCUCAUGCAUACAAGGCUCAUCUCACAGUUGCUUGUACACAGUGCAACAAGACAUUUCCACCACCAUCACAACACACGCAUACACUCACACACAUACACACAGUCAUACUUGUGAACCUUACAUGUACAUCAUUUGUUAACAGUGCUGAGUGCAGUGCUUCGGAGAUGCCAUUGUAGAAUGAUGAGGUAAAAAUAAAUAAAAUAAAUAAGCAGAUUGGCAGGUAAUCAUUAUCGUUAUCAUUAUUACUUCAUCUGUACUUGUAAAAACAAAGUGCGCAGCAAAUAUCCUAUGUGAACACUUCCUUAAAUUCACCGUCAUUCGCUGAAUGAGAAGCAGCGAAUAAGGAAUCAACUUCAGCGGCCGAAUAAGAAGAUACAAAAAAAGUAGCCAAACAAACCGAAAGCUGCGAAUGCAUAACUAACUUCAGCGUCGUAUAAAAGUUGGCUGGACGAGGAGCUCUGCCAAGAACCGCUGAUUGCUAGGGGCCCUGAGAGUCUGAGUCUGCCGCGUAUCAUGUAUCACGACCAACUGGCUUCGUGUGCAAUGGGGCUUCAUUUCCAACGAACGUUUCCUCAGUCAACGGUCCAAAUCUGGCGGCAACAGUAUCUUAGCUGCUUUAGCAUUAGCUGUAGCAUAGUCUGGAAUUAAGAGGCUAGCACGACUGUGUGUAGCACCACUGAACUAUAGUAAAGAACUGGUUUGCUAAGGACACAAACGCCUUGCAGCCACAGUACUGCCAAAUUGGUAUACCCAUUACCGUGUUAAAGUUCAACUCAUAAAAUCUCCCUGUUUUCAAAAUUUAUCUAUGACAAAAACAAGGUCAUUUAAUAAGUUUAGCAGCGGGAUUUGUUUUAACUAAUUUUGUAUUUGGAUAUCUGCUGUCGCGAUUAUCCCUGACGCUAGCUAGCUAUUAGAAAAGUUUAAGAUAUGAAGGACCGAUGGAAAAACGCUAAGGUAAGGCACUCGCUUGUUUUAUUAUGUGCGUAAUUUUAGCUUGAAUACGAAUUUAUAUUACAUUAAAAUAAAAAUAAACGUAUUCAUCGUGUCUAGUUUUUUUUUUCAAGGUUAGCUAACUAUAUAACUAGCUAGCAGGCUGACGUUAGCCAACUAAGCUAGAACAAGCUUUUAGUGUCACUUUUAUUGCUAUAUUAGUUUUGUCGAGUCCGCAGCAGUAUAGUCCAAAUUAACAAAGAAAUUAGCCUCUUUAGCUAUCAUAUGUAGAAUAGGCCUAUAAUAAUCGAUUUAUAAAGCCCAUAAGAAACAAUGUAGCUGACUAAAGAUUGGUGCUGGGCAUACCAAUUUGGUGGAUUGGCCACUUCCGUUGGCCUCACCUUUCGCUAGACAGGUAUAAUGGAGUCAGCUAUUCGGUUAUUUAUUAGAGACCCAAUUAUUUAUUAGCCCCUAUCACAGUGCUCUGCUGCAUUUAGCCUGUUGUCUGGCACUCUGCUUGUGCCACCUGUCAGUGCCCUCUUUCAAUCCGACCGAUUUGGAAGCACUAAUAGAUUGUCCAAGGAUAGCGCAGUUUGCUGGGUCACAGGGCAAACUCACCAAGCAGUCGGGUGAAGGGGAAGAUGAGUGUGAGGGGGGGGGGCGACGAGCAGGCAAGUCUGUUGGUGUGUGCACAGUGAUCUUCUGCACCCGACUGGAGCAGCAUGAUGGUUCUGAUGUGAGGGGAGGCAUUGUUUGUAUUAUACAUUUGCCUCGGGUUAGAAAUCUGCGACCAUGUCCCAGUAGUGCCAGAGCGCUGGUAACCAGUUUUCAUGUUCCAGUUUUCCAAAAAUGAUAAAUCUCAGUCCAGAAAAAGUACUGUUACACUGUGAAAAACAAUAAAACGUAAAAAGCCAGGAAGCAAAGUGGAGAACCGAGAGGAAACGUGCACUAGGGUGAAAAUACAGGCCACAAGUCACUGUCUGCUCACCUUCAUGGCUCGUUGGAAACUCUCCAGACCCCUCUCCCCGCUCCUUCUCCUCUCUCCGUUUUUCCUUUUGACUCCAUGUAUAAGUGGGCCUGCCCGUGAGCCUCUCCUGACCGGCCAGCCCUUCCUGGUUCUGUGGGGUGUGCCUGAUGAAAUAUGCAUGGACCGCCAAGACCCCACGGUCUUUGGCAUGGAACAGAAGGACCGCGUGACUGUCUUUGACCAGGAUUCGCUGGGUCUUUACCCGUAUUUCAGUAAUGAUGGGCGCCCGGUCAAUGGCGGCCUGCCACAGUACACCAGCCUAGACCUCCACCUCCAGAGGGUGGUGAGAGACAUGGCAUGGACCCAGCCCCAGGACCCAGCAGCACCUGGACUGGGAGUGCUGAGGUGGGAGGAGUGGGCUCCUCAGUGGAGCAGGAACAGGGGAAAGCAGAGGAAGUAUCUGGAAGAAUCGCGAGUGCUGCUCUGGGGCUUUUUUCCUAACUGGAGUCCAGAAGAAGUAGAGAAAUGGGCUCAGGUGGACUUUGGAGCAGCAGCGCAGUCCAUGUUAAUGGAGACCUUGAGAGAGCUGAACAGGUUCUACCCACAGAGAUUGUGGGGUCUGGCUCCAUAUCCAAGCUGCUACAGCUCUGACCCUGCUCAGAUGUUGCUAGCCAAUUAUACUGGCUCCUGCACAGCUGCGGAGAUGGCCCUAAAUGAUGAACUCAUGUGGCUUUGGAAACAAAGCUCUGCUCUCUAUCCAAUCCUCUCUUUGGAGAAACUCCCUGCAGGGACCAAAGGGACAUGGCUUUAUGCAACUGAUCAGAUCAGAGAGGCACUAAGACUGGCAGCUCUAGCUGGGAAGUCAUACGAUCUUCCUGUUUUCCCAUUGGUCAACAGUGUAUACACGUCAUCCAGUACCUUUCUCUCUCAGGCUGAUCUGGUGAAUACUGUGGGAGAAAGUGCUGCCAUGGGUGCAGCAGGAGUCAUCAUCUGGGAAAGAUCUUCCACUGCUCAAACACAAAAGUUCUGCUCUGAACUCAGCUUCUACGUGCAAGAGGUUCUCGGCCCUUACGUUGUCAAUGUAACCAUGGCGACACGUCUCUGUGGAGUCUUGCUUUGCCAAGGUCGUGGCAGAUGCGUGCGCAAGAACCAAAAAGUUCCUGUCUACUUGCACCUCCCUUCCAGCCACAGCUUGCUGCUACCUGAUGUGGGGGAGGAUAUCCAGGCAAUGGACGAGCUUCCUUCAGCUUAUUUGGAUGUCUGGAGGCGGGACUUCCAGUGCCAUUGGUUUGAGACAAUGGAAGUGCCUGCUGCUGAUCAGGAAUUAGUGAGGUCGAACAUUAGAGACCGUAGAUUGAAUGUUAGAGACUACAGCCCGGACGUUAUGGACCAGAGGUCGAAUGUUAGAGACCAGAAGCUGGACGUUGGGUUCAACAUUAGAGAAGACAGGCUGGACGUUACAGACCAGAGGUCACUGACUACAACCAAUUCAGUCUCUGAUAUUAGUGAGGUGACGGGGGUUCCUAUGAUGCCUGCUGGAGCUGUUAGCUUCUCCCACAAUGUGCUUAUCAUGCUUCUCUCUGGGCUGUCAUUCAUUAGUCUCACAGACUUUGACCUCAACCUCUGAUCUGCUUAAAGAUGAAACACAUCAAUUUUGUGUGCUGAAGUCUAUAGGGAGGCUGACUUGCUAGUGAGGCCAAUAUGCAGAGAUGGAGUAAGCUAGACUCUGAAAGAUGUUAACACUGAGAGCAGCUGAGAACUCCUUAAGUGUCUGGUCAGUGAGCAGUCAGUAAUGGCAGUUUAAAAACAGUAAUUUUACAGAACACACAUACUUUAGGGCCUGUUGUAUUUGAAAGAAAACACUGAGGCAUUUAGAAAUUGCAGUCAACAGGGAGAGACACAUUAAAAAGGAAAAUUUAGUGUCUAGUUUUCCCAUGACUGCACCUACUGAUCACUCCCCUGAACCUAUUGAGAUUAUCUUAACUCUUGGCAAGUGUACAUAAGAGACCGGCCAGGCUGUUUAGCUCGUCCUGUUCAGAAUUAUGGCCCUGUUCGAAAGACUUCAUCCAGUCAGUACACAGAAAGGAGUGCACUGGCUGCAUGUUUGGCUGUCAUUACACCACACUUUUUAAUGGUACAAUGCAGAUUUCACACACAUCUCUGCACAAUACUAGGCUUAUCUGAGUAACAGAUAAUGUAUAAAUGUCACACAUUUUUGGGAAUCUGAAGAUCCACUAGAGAUCUUAUAGGUCGUCAGAAAUGUGUCAUAUAAGUUAAAUGUAAUUUGCACAUUAUUUGUUGCCUACUCGCAUAUAUAGUUGCCCUGUCUAAGACUCAUCUUUUAUGGUUGCUUAUUCAAAUAACACCCAAGGCAAUCCGAAUGAGCAGUGCAGAUAGCUUACUUUUUAUUCAGGAUGCACUCAUGAACAUGCUUGCAAAGUGUUUAUUUCCUCAAAGGCUUGCCAGGUUUAGCAAAGAGCAUCAUGACCUUAUCACACAGAAGUAAUCAUAAAUGGUUUCCUGUUUUAAUUGCCAAUUGUGAAACUAUGGUGUGUUAUUGCCUCACUGGUGUUAUGGCUAGUCACAAGAUGGUCACAAGAAGUACAUUUGAAAUGCAGGGGCCUUCAAGAAAAACUGCUUUCCCUCCAGUUUGUGUUAAUCUCCACUGUACCUCAAUGUCAUAGAAAAUACUAAUUGUUUCUUUUAUUUAAAAGAAACAAGAAUUUUGUUUUUAAUAGUUUCAAGAGAUUCCUAUGUCAAACAGAAAAUGCAUUUUAUUAAAUAUCAAAUAUUGGCAUUUCCAGGUAUUGUCAAUUUUGUAUUUAUUUGCUAUAUUGACUUUCUCUUCAUUCUUUUUUUUUUAUACUGUCAUUUGUAUAAUUAUCAAAUUUUGUCUUAUUUAUCAAAUUGUUUUUAAUCAGUUCAUUUCCCCACUUGUAUUUUCCUUCAGUUUAGUUUCCAUUGUAGUUUGAUUUAAUCAUUGUGUUCCAGUUCCUUUUAAUCAUAGGUAAAGAGACUCUCAGAUCUAAAGAAAUAAUUUUCUCAGUAUGACCUACUUAAUAAACCAAAUGCAGUAUUUAGUGUUUUAAAA